AUGGCAUGUGGUUAUAAUCUUUUGCUUAAUCAAUCAAUUGUAGCCGCGGUUCAUGUCAACUCAGUUGCAGCUGUCAUGUGCGACCGUCACAUCCAGUUAUCAACUCCACUUCAAAAGAUCACGCAGAAGUCUAGAUUUUCAAAACUUUGCCAAGCCUUACUUGAAGUCGGACAACUACUACGAGAACUACAUCCUGAGGGUUUAGGCACUGUUUCCGUACGACUCCGAAAGCUGAAACAGGUACUUCGAGUGCAAGACGUUGCGGCGAUGGAAAAAGAACAGAUCAAGGAACCGGCUUCAUUGGCAGCUCCGGGAGCUUCCGCUACACCCUCCGCGCCUAGGGGUUCACAAUUGGAGAGGGAUUCGAAGGAACCUGAACACGCAAUCACAACCACGUCUUUGGCUGAACGCAUCUCCCAAAUUGGAGCUGACAUUGCCGACGUUAGAUUCGUUAUCCGAAACCAGAAGCUCCUAAAUGAGGAGUAUGUGGAACUGGUGAAAGAAAUGAUAAAUCAGCAAGCUUUAUCACCCCACAUUGGAAGUAACUCUCCAAAAGCGAGGAAGACCACCAUGACCGAAGGGACCAUUGGAAAAAGCGGAGGAACAUUAAGGACGUACAAGCGAAAGAAAAAUGCUACUCCCACAACAACUGGAACCGACCCUGACUAUCUCCCAAUUCCGACGCCGCCAUCUAGUCCAGAAGGCAGCACAUUCCGCUUGAAGCGCAGAAACAAACAGCGGCGUUCUGGAUCGACCCCUGCCCCAAAAGGAGAAACCCCAAAGGGAAAGAGAAAACUAUUUAACUCGGGGAGCAUUUCUAGGGUGGGCCAGAGCAAGGGAGAAAAGACUCACAUCACUAGCAGCUCCAUCCCAGCAGUCCAAUAUGCUGAGCAACAAAACUUUCUGCAGAUUCGCCAUGUCGAUAGGAGCCAGUGGGGGAAGGAGAUUGGGAAAAAUAUUCCCCGUGGUAUGCCAUUAACUUUUUUCCCCACCAAGGACAUGAAGAUUGUAGGCCUUGAUCUAUGCGUUGCGGCGUACAUAUUCAACACGAAACUUGACCAAGACGAGCUACUUGUUCGGAGCCCGCACUGCGCUAUUACCAGGGGUGCUCUCAGAACUCUGGAGCCAAGGAAGCCCGUGGUCGACGACGUGAGUACAAGCCUCAGUACAGCAGCCCCUGUGCUGAUUCUACUUGCCUGCAUGCUGGCCGGGAACUCCACCAGGAUUCAUUGGUUCUUGCCGACAACCUUCUCACAAAUUGCCACUGGAAGGGGACCAGUUCCUUAUACGACACUGAAGGCCAUUAGGGAGGAUUUUAUGGGCAAAGCCAACAAGGUCUGCAAGAUUUAUUGUCCCAUUUGGUGCGAUGGACAUUGGUUUCUGCUUGUGAUUGACGUCAUUCGCAAACAGCUUGUGUACCUGGACUCCCUUCCCUCAGAAGAUGACAGACCCAAGCGACUUCGGCAACUUAAAAAAGUGCUAUCUUUCUGGAGAAGCUGCUGGACAGUGAUGAUUGGUAUGAUGAACCAACAAAUCCUAGGAUUAUGUGCAGUGACUACGAGAUAAAGGCGCCUAAGGUCACCAGGCAGGACCCCGGAAGCAAUGAUUGCGGCCUGUACGUUGCGCAAUGGAUGAUAAUGUACCACCUGUGGAACUCGUACGAGGCUGAGAAAAUUACAGACUACAGUCAUAUGAGGCUUGCUGUUGACAUGGUGCUAAAGUACCAUAAUGACAAGCGCAUGGAGGUCAUCCAAGCUGCAUUGGAAUACUGGAGGAACUUAACCAACGGUUCCCCAGUAGCUGACUGACUCACAAGUUCACCUAAGUUUCUUUUGACAUAUGCUUGUUUGAAUGCUAAAUGGCCGAGAGACCACAGCCUUUUGUAUAAUAUUAUGUAAUCCAGCAACUUAUUGGAUUGUGCAAUGUUUCCUGGGAGUAGGUUUGGCAACCUUGUGUGGCUAUUCUCAUGCAACUCCUUGUGUAACCCAUGACACGUUUGACCUACACAGGUACGGUGUCAGGAGUUACAGAUGAGGUAUGACUGGAUAAGCACCUUUUAGGAACGCGCACAAAUCAUGCAGUUUCCAAAGAGUGUGCUUCAAAUACACUCGACUUUUGUAAAACAAACUAUAGUUGUCGAUGCUUUUUUAUAGACAUCAACUGUGUCUUUCGGACCUCUCUAAUUUCAUCAAGCAUAAUUUAGUAAACCAUCAUGUACUGGCUUUCAUAUCCAUAUUUGUUGCUCUUCCAUUUGAUGCGGUAGUUACACCUUUUUUUUUCUGGUUAGACCAAUACUAAACCAAUACAAUUAACUUUCGAAACUCAAAUU